GUUUUUAGACUUGCUGAACUUAUUCGAGAAUUUGGUUUGAAUUCUACUGUAGGCACUUGUACUAGGUAAUUAGUCUUCCACUUCUUGAUCAAUGUUCUUUCUGCAGCAUGUGACUGCAACCACCCCACCUGCCUAAUUUGACUCUUGCAUAUCCGGCCCUCGAAUCAAGAUCUAUAUCACUUAGACCAUGGCCACAUGAUUCUAAGCUUGCUAGAACAUCAGCAGCUUGAGGAGAACUUCGAAUUCUAGGCAGUCACAUUUCCCUAAAGAUGGACAGCAUCAUUCCAAUCUUUCGAAGAAGUCGCCUCUCCCACAAGUCGAAGGAUCAAAUUCCAAUGUCAGAUAUGGCCUCGAACACUUGUCAAAUUUCAGGAUUCUUUCGCCUGCCGCUCGAAAUUCGCCUCGAGAUUUAUGCACACCUGUUCUCCAAUAAACGUUUUCAAUCUGCCGAAGGAAAGCCUGAAAAGUACAUGAUUCCAUUCGACCAUGCAUCUCGUGGAUUCAUGUUUGCCAGCCACCAAGUUCUUGCAGAGACGAUCAACUAUCUGUUCCAAAUCCCACGGAUUACUUUCCCACGACCCGAGCUUUGCUCCCUGAUCCUCACGACAAGUCGGUCCCUCUUAAACCGUCUGUCAAUUUUGGAAGUCACCCUCAAAGCUUAUGAGACGCAAUUGUUGGAACCAAUAUUUGACAUGAUCAUCGCGGCACAAGUACCGUUGUCCAGCCUGACGCUGAAUCUCGUCCCCACAUACCCUGGCCAGCUCGUUUUCCCAGUGCCGCGUUAUCUAAUUCUCCGAGAAGAAUUCCAGUUACGCGCCCAAUUCGAGGGCGGAGCACGACCUUGGGCUCCACGAUGCCACCAUGAUCACUCGUUCUUCGUAUACCAUUUCAAUGAUUUUGGUACGGGCGGUGAAACCGUCUUAUCUCAAUCAUCCAUUGGGAGCCUGACAAGGCUUCGACAUCUGACAGUUACCGGGCAGCCUGAAUUCUCGCAAGAUUUUGAGCUGGCCAUCCUGAAGCUGCAUGGUGCAAUGCAGAAGAUGGCAACACGAGAAGGGAAAGACGUGGAGCUGGCAGACUGUUGUGGGCUACAGAAUGGAGGCUUCCAUUUCGAGGUGUGGAUUUCUUGAAUGGAUUGAAAGCCCCAUACAAUGAAGAUAAACUUUGUGUUGAAGACCUGAGAAUGUGCAAUGAUCUUGAGACGUUAUCCUCGAAAUGCUCCUCAUUCCCGAAGUGUGCAUCCACACGAGAAUUCUCAGAGAACCUUUUCAUCUUCCGCUCUAUAAUUUUCAAGUCAAGCUCCCCACUGUCUGCAUUUCGAAACCCCAGAGUAGUUCAAAAGAGAAUAGUCUGGAUCUCAUCAUACGACACAUCUGACUGCUUCUCCAGCCACCCCCCAGAGGUUGGGGUUCUGAGGUAUUCAGGUCAAGUAGAAGAAAUGGUAGAGGUCAGAUCAUUGGCAAGUAGCUGAGCAGGCCAGAGUAGGUUUAUGUGCACAACGGCGACUCGCAAAUAGCUGAAGAUGACAAGGGUAUAUUCCACAUAAUUUUGUACAUAUAUCCUACACUACUUAGCCAAGAAUUUCUGGAAAGCCUUAUGAUCGAUCGUAAUAUUUCCAACAGCUUUCAGCUUCUUCCUGCCUUCCUUUUGUUUAUCAAGCAACUUCCUUUUGCGGCCAAUAUCCGCGGCAUGGAGCUUCUGCAAGACAUCUUUCCGGAACGGCUUAAUUGUUUCUCUGGCCACGAUCCUACGUCCGGAUGUGGCUUGUAUGAUGACCUCAAACAUCUGUCUGUCAACGUGCUCCUUGAACUUUUUCACCCAGAGUCGUCCCAGUCUCUCAACUUGUGUGCUAUGGACUACUCGGGCUACCGCAUCGACGGGUUCCUUGUUGACUAGGAGUUGCAUUUUGACGAUGUUGCUGCGUCUAAAUCCUGCGUCUUCGUAGUCGAGACUUGCAUAACCUUUUGUGCCGCCCUUCAGCUUGCCGAAGAAAUCAUCCACUAGCUGUGAGAGGGGCAAGUCAUAUUUCAAAAUGACUUGGGUAGCAGUAAAGAAAUUCAACUCUUUCUGCUCGCCACGGUUGGCCUCGCAAAGCUCGAUCACUUUACCCAAGUACUCUUCGGGGAGAGUGAUUGUAGCCGAGACAUAGGGUUCCUGUAGUUCUGCUAUCUUCUGGCUCAUUGAAUCUGUGUCCGGGAAGUUUGUUGGUGACUGUAUGAUCUCUUCCCGUCCAUCAGUCCAGAUGACCUUGAAGGGUACAGUAGGCGGCGUGAUAAUGAUACUGGCUCCAUGUUCCUGUCGUAGACGGUCUUCAAAGACAGAACAGUGAAGCGUACCCAGAAAUCCCAGCCUCCAGCCGGCACCCAAAGCUUCGGAGGACUCUUUUUGCAGAGUAACACUCCUGUCAUUCAAGACAAUCUGAUUGAUAGAGUCCUCCAGAUGCCCAUGGUCACUCUGAUCAACAGGGAAAGCCGAGACGAACACCAUAGACUUCGGUUCCUCGAAUCCCGGGUAUGGCUCAACGAGAUGUUCUGAGCCUACAGUCGUGAACGUAUCUCCACUCAAAGCCUCCUGACUCUUCUUCAUACCGGGGUUGAAGUAUAUGUAUCCCACUUGACCAGCACGUAUCACAUUCUGCGGUGUCUGGUCAGGAUACAUGAUCCCCACCUCACCAACAAAAUACUUCAGCCCAGUAGCAAAAGACACUACCUGGUCACCGGCCUUAAUCUGCCCAUCAAAGAUCCGCACAAGCAAAAUUACCCCCUUAUAAUUGUCGUACCACGAGUCUACCAGCAACAGUCUCAGAGGCUUCUUAUGAUCCCCAACCGGACAAGGUACCUGCCUAAUCACAUUCGGCAGGAUAUCUCCAACAUUCAAUCCCGUCUUCGCAGACACCAGGACUGCAUUCUCAGGUUUCAGCUCAAAUGCUGUCUCCAUCUGCUCCAAUGCUCUCGGCGAGUCCGCAGACGGUAAAUCCACCUUAUUGAUAACCGGUACCAGAACCAGUCCUUGUGAGAAAGCCAAGUAGAAAUUGGCCACCGUCUGGGCCUGCACACCCUGACUUGCAUCGACCAGCAAUAGCGCUCCUCCACAGCUAGCAUACGAUCUUGAGACCUCAGCUCUAAAGUCCACAUGUCCGGGCGUGUCCACUAAAUGCAGCAAGUAAUCCUCGCCCUCAUGAUUGUAUAACAUGCUACAAGUCUGUGCCUUGACCGUAAUGCCCCUCUCGCGCUCGACAUCCAGCUUAUCCAGAAUUUGCUUGUUGCCACCAGGCUCUAUGGUACCCGUCAGCUCCAGCAAUCGGUCACUGAGCGUGCUCUUCCCAUGGUCGACGUGAGCCACGAUACAAAAAUUGCGGAAUCGCGAUAUGGGGAUGGCUUGGAUACGGCGCUCGAGGUCGGACGUCGGUUUGGACGGUUGAGCAUAUCGCGCGAUGGAGGUGCUGAAGCCGCGCUGGGUAGUCUGCGUGAGGAAUUGGGAGGCAUAGUGUGUUCGCAGCGAGCUAGGGAGCCGGAGGAGUUGCAAUGGACAUCGCUGCAUUGGCCUGUUGGUACGAGGUUUGAAGUCGUGGUGUUCCUGUUCUACUGAGUAUGGUUGAAGC